UCCUCUCCUCCAGAGGGAGCCACCACCGCCAUCGCCAUCACCACCACCACUACCGAGGGCUCCGCGGCCCGCAGCCCGCAGCCCCUGCUCGCCUCACGCAGCCCGCCCGCAGCCCGCACCCGCGGCCAUGUUGGCCGCCUGCGGGCCGCCAUUCCGCGCUGCGCUGUGCCGGGCGGCGCCCCCCGGCAUCGCCGCCUUCCACAGCUCCUCCCCGCGCCCCCGAGGUGCCCGAGUCGCCGUGGUCCUGUCUGGUUGUGGUGUCUACGAUGGCACAGAAAUCCAUGAGGCCUCAGCCAUACUGGUACACCUUAGUCGUGGGGGAGCUGAGGUUCAGAUGUAUGCUCCAGAUGUUCCUCAAAUGCAUGUUGUUGACCACAGUAAAGGGCAACCAGCUGAAGCUGAGUCAAGGAAUGUUUUAGUGGAAUCUGCAAGGAUUGCUCGUGGUAAAAUCACAAGCCUGGCUAAACUUACUACAGCAGACCAUGAUGCUGUGAUAUUCCCUGGUGGAUUUGGAGCUGCUAAGAACUUAUCUACCUUUGCUGUUGAUGGGAAAGAUUGCAAGGUGAAUAGAGAAGUUGAACGUGUCUUGAAAGACUUCCACAAAGCAGGCAAACCUAUUGGUCUUUGCUGCAUUUCACCGGUCUUGGCAGCAAAGGUUCUUUCUGGUGCUGAAGUAACUGUGGGCCACGAAGAAGAGGAAGGUGGCAAGUGGCCUUACGCUGGAACUGCGGGAGCCAUUAAAGAGCUGGGAGGAAAGCACUGUGUGAAAGAAGUGACUGAAGCUCAUGUGGAUACAAAAAACAAGGUGGUGACCACCCCAGCAUUUAUGUGUGAAACAGAAUUACAUCAUAUCUUUGACGGCAUUGGGGCCAUGGUAAAGAAUGUGUUAAAAUUAACUGGCAAAUAAAGUGUCUGUUUUUAACAUGAAAACUUCAGGAAUGUUUAAAUAUAGGGUGUAGUAUUCAAAAUAACGUGGACCGAUGGAAGUAUUUUCACCUGCUCGUCCUGUUUGUACUCUAAUAGUUGGUUACGUGAAGCUGAUUGAUUCCCAGCAGCACCAUGGGGUUGCCCAUGUGCUUCCUGAGAGAAGGGCUGCAGAAGGGCUUGCAGAGAACAGGCAGUCUGUCCCAAGGCACUGAGCAUUGUCUUGAGCUUUUUCAGCUGGAGAGAGCUGUGCAGAUGUGUUUGGACACCAGCCAUCACUGCACCCUUGUCAAAUCCUUCCCAUGAGCACAAGACCCGACUGAAGGCACUUUCAGAAACUGAGGGCAAAUGUGUUGUAGGGACAUAGCAGAUGUGGUGGCGGUAUAUCUAAUGGACAAAGAAUGGGAGCCGAGAGGAAUUAACUCUGAACUAAAAGCCAGGGGCAGCUGGCAAGGGAACUGACAUUUUCCACAUGCUAGUGUCAACUUCAUGUUAAUUAAAUGGAAGAAUAAAACAUUCAUCUUUUUAAAGAAGCCUGUUAUCACCAAGGAGCCAUUCUGAAUAUCAGCAUCUUAGCUGUCACGGUACUAGCGCUUUGAAAAAUUCCUCCAUUGGUCCAUUGUAGCUAGAAAGGUCUUGAAGGAGAAAAUAUCCGCUGAUGUGACGCACAAUUUUUAAGGAUAAUACCUUUUAAUAAAGUAGUUGCAUGACUAGCAAACAGGUAGAGGAACAAAUCUCAAGUUAUCCUCACUUCCCUUGCUUAAGGGUAAUAAAGCUUUCUCCAAAGAAGUAUUGCUGAAUGUCUGAAACAAUGAUGUAUAAAUAAAUUAAUUUCUGCCUUUAUGUCA